AUGUCUGCGACUAGAAACUCAUCUUUUUCGAUAUCUCAGCAAGGCCAAGGCCAGGGCCAGGGCGGUGCCAGAAACAGGAAAUUCUCAUUCCAAAUGGGACCGACAUCUACGUAUUUGGGGCGUUCAUACGUUGGGUCGUUCAUUUCUCCCCCAUUUGAGGGCAGCAACGAGAUGUACGAAUCGAAACUGCCCAUCUCUGGCGACAGCCCCGCUAAUAGCAGAAUGAUCCACGAAACGGGCAAUUUACAUAAACAGACAGCAAUGCUUUCCAAUACUUUUGAUGCCGGAAGCGAUGGUGUCAAUGAACUGUCUGUGCUUUCGCCGGAAGAACAAGAAGAACUCGAUCGUCAGGCAUUGGAUAUCGACAAGACACUUGAUGGGCAAAAUCGCGGCGACAUGCUCCAGGAUUCAAGACCCAUUGUAUCGGGUGAUGUGGAUGAUGAUAUCAAUUUCUCUUCCAGUUAUAUGCAGGAUGAUACAUCGCUGUUGGAAAUGUCUGAUACAGGCGAGAACUUGGCAUUGCUUCCCUCCAAUUCGCACAAUUCCUUCUACCUUGAGUAUGGAACUUAUGAUGAAGAGAGCCAAUCCCAGGGCAUGGGAGGCCACUAUGUGUCGUUGCUUCCGGAUGGACCAAAUACAAAUUCUGUCCAGAUGGGCCGUAGUGCUAGGUCACAUUAUGAUGCUGCAAAAGACCUAACUUACCGUAUUGUCCAAUACACUCCGGCUGUCGGACUCGGUCUUCUUUUGAACAUUUUAGAUGCGUUAUCCUACGGUAUGAUUAUCUUCCCAAUCACAGAACCCUUGUUUUCACAUCUUGGACCAACCGGGUUGUCGAUGUUUUAUGUGUCAACUGUGAUUUGUCAACUGUGCUUUUCUCUAGGUUUAUCCUCAUUCCCAUCUGCCAUCGGGUCUGAAAUGAUUGAGAUCACUCCGUUCUUUCACACAAUGGCCAUUUCUAUUAUGAAUUCUAUACCUGAGGGUAACGAUGCAAAGGUCAUCUCAACUACAAUCGUUUGCUAUGCUCUAAGUUCCGUUGUCACAGGUAUAACAUUCUUUUUACUAGGUAAGCUUAAGUUAGGGAAAAUUGUCGGAUUUUUUCCCCGUCACAUCUUAAUAGGUUGCAUCGGAGGUGUGGGUUAUUUCCUUGUUAUAACUGGCUUGGAAGUGUGUACCAGGGUUCCUGAGUUCAAAUACUCUUGGUCCUUCUUGGUAUCAUUGUUCACUGAUAGUGAUAUCUUGUUCAAAUGGUUGACCCCAGUUAUCUUAACGCUCAUUUUGAUCGCCGUCCAGUCGAGAAUUCACAACUCUUUGGUCUUACCUUCAUUCUACAUUAUCGCAUUACUGCUAUUCCAUUUCAUCGUGGCAUUGAUUCCAAACCUCUCCUUGGAUAAGUUGCGUGACUCAGGAUGGAUUUUCCCCAAAGUUAGUGCAAAAGAAAACUGGUACGACUUUUACAAACUUUAUGACAUUAAUAAUAUCGAAUGGGGACUUAUUCCAAAACAGAUACCAACAAUGCUUGCUUUAACUUUCUUUGGUAUUUUACACGUGCCGAUUAAUGUUCCAGCACUAGCCAUGUCCUUGAAUGUUGACAAAUAUGACCUUGAUAAAGAAUUGAUUGCCCACGGCUACUCAAAUUUAAUAUCUGGGUUAAUGGGCUCCAUCCAAAACUACUUGGUGUACACUAAUUCCGUUCUAUUUAUACGUGCUGGUGCUGAUUCACCUAUAGCUGGUAUCAUGUUGACUAUUGGAACCUUCAUAGUCAUGGUUAUUGGACCAGUGAUCAUAUCAUUCAUUCCUAUUUGUAUUGUUGGAUCAUUGAUCUUCCUGCUUGGAUAUGAAUUAAUCCAAGAGGCAGUUAUAGACACAUGGGGUAAAUUGCAACCUUUUGAAUAUUUGACUAUAUUGAUCAUCGUUGUCACAAUGGGUGUUGUGGAUUUCGUCGUCGGUAUCAUAGUGGGUAUUCUUCUAGCAUGCUUCUCAUUUUUGGUAAACUCCACAAAGCUACAAACAGUCAAUGGAGAAUAUGAUGGUAAGGUCGCCAAAUCCACAGUCUACCGUGACUACAUUCAAUCAAAAUUCUUGAGAAACAUUGGGGAACAGAUUUACGUCUUGAAACUCCAAAAUCUUUUAUUCUUCGGUACCAUAAUAUCAAUCGAGGAAAAAGUUAAUAGUCUCCUUGAGAAAAGUGAUGCCGAUGCAUCUAAGAAGAGAAUUAAGUACCUAAUUCUUGAUUUCAAGAAUAUCAGAGCUAAGAGCAUUGAUUAUAGUGCAGCAGAGGGUUUCAAUAGGAUCAAAAGAUUCCUUGAGAAAGAGAAAAUUUAUUUGAUCAUAAGUUCAAUAGACAAAAACGACCAAAUCUAUAUUGCAUUCGAUAAGAUUGGUUUACUUGAAAAUGUUGAGCUAUUUAAUGAUUUAAAUGGUGCCUUGGAAUGGUGUGAAAACGAAUUCUUAGCUAGAUAUCAAAAGCUCAGAACCAAGACAAGGGCAAAGAAACUGGCUCAGAUGAAGAGAACCCAAAAUAGGCUUAGUAAAUUACCCAUCAAUACUCCAAGAAACCAUCAGUUCGUUUCCGAAGUUAGAAAUAUCUACACAGAAGAAAUGGAAAUUCAAAAACUAAGUGCAAGUGAUAGCAAAGAACGCCCACACUUCCUCUCUAUAUUGUUAAUGUCUAUCAGGAAGUUUAGAACCGACAUUCAAUCUCAGGAUGAGGUCAAAAGAAGAAAAGAAUUGGAUCUUUGGAAACGUUUAGUACCAUAUUUCGAACAAAAAAAACUCCCCCCACAUACUCAAAUACACCACGAGAACAACAUGUUCAUAGUUCUCGAAUCUGGUGCUCUCAACUUAACACACCAUUUGACUCAGGGUGAAUUCUAUGAAACGAUGUCUUCUAAAACAGCCUAUGGUGUCUUAAACAACAAUACUCAAUACGAUCCUCAGGCUGUUACAAUUACCACAGACACUGAAUGUGUUAUUAGCUUCCUAAACUCCGAGACUUUAUCAAAAAUUAAAUCUAUGGACCCCGAGCUAUACACUGAAUUGAUCUUACUAAUAAUGUCCAUUUAUAGAGAAAGAUUCCGUGAACUACUUGGUUAUUCUUUAAUUAGCAUGUGA